UUUUAUUAGGAAAACAAGAAAAGACAUGCAAAAUGAAUUUUGGGAAUUAGUCGGCAGUCGGUCCAAGGCGUCGGUUUUCCUGUGUCUUGCCUUCCACCCUUGCCCUUUGCCCCUUCCCUUACGCCUUCCCCUUCCCGUCCCUUCCCUUCUCCGUCAUUUGACGUGGAGCCAAGCGUCAGCGGAGAACCCUAGAAGAAGGUUCGCAGAAAGCACGAGGAAGAGCAAGAAUCAUCGUUUCAGAAUUCGAAUCCGAUUGUUGCGCAGAUUUGGAUAAAGGAAAGAAAGAGAGAGAGAGAGAGAAAGAAGAGAUUUGAUGGCGAAUGCUGAAUGGCGAAUGCCAUUUGAAUCUCAUCUGGAUCCACGUUGACUUCUUCUCAAUUCCCUUCAGGUCAGACAUCUCUCUCCCGCGGCAAUCUUUUGGUUUGCUUUCUGUCCCUCCCUUCAUUGAGGCGAGGCAACAUUUCAGGGGAAAUGAUGCUUUCUUGUUGUCCAAGUUGGAGGACUUGAUUCAAAGUUUUCUGGCUCCUCUCUGGAGUUCCAUUUGCUUGUUUUGUUUAUCGAAUUGGAUGUUAGACUUGUCGUUCCUGUUGUUUGUUGAGUUCCAUGCCUGAUGGGUUAGCUUGGCUUGUGUUCUUUUGAAUGGAAAUGGAGAUAUCAUAGCUAAGUCCAGCUCCACUAGUUGGGAUUUUCGUAGAAAUGAAAGCUUUUUGGCCGUUUUCACAAUCAUAACUAUUCGCCUUGUUUGGCCAAUUUGUCAAGUAUGGUUUUGGGAUGAGCAGAUUGUUAGUUGUGAUAGGAAGCAUCGUUUGCUAUGAACUGUUCUCGGACUUCUCAGUCUGCAUUAGAUACAAGCAACCGCAGGAGUCUCUGACUGCACAAAGUGCAUUUCAGGAGCGGUCUUUUUUCCUGCUUGCAUCGUUUCCUAUGAACCAACCCUCAGAAGUACACUAAUACACACCCUAUCUUUUUGUGCAUAUUAGCACUUUAACUAAAAAGGAAUUGGUCAGCCCUGCUUACCCCAUUAUUAAACAAACGCAAAAUGGGAUAGCUGUAGCAAUUACUGUAUCCUGCAUCUUUGAAUCAAAAUUACCAAUGCCUUCGUUCAUCUUUGUUAAUCACCAACUAUGUUUUUGAUCCCAUAUAACCUCGUUGCUUGUGACUUUGUUAACUGUGUUGCGUCACGCAUAAGUGAAUUCGGUGAUAUGCUUAGGCUUGUAAUUUCCCAAUAAUAAUUAAACUGAUCCCCAAGCGUGCCACUGGUGUGGAAGUCCCCCUAUGAUAUCCAUUACAAGACAGUAUAUGAGAGAAAUAUUUGAAUGAAGAGUCAAUAGCUGUCUAGUGUGCUUGCUAGUAUGGUUAUUGUGUUUAUACCCCUAGUAUGCAUUUUGUUUAAUGUUCCUUUCCUAUUUUUUUUCAGAUUCUGGAGUCACUACUGAGAUGUUCAGUUGGAGGUAUAGGGUUUGCAAUAAUGCAUGCGAUUUAGUACCGAUUCAACAUUGUCAGCGAUGCCAUUAGUAUCACAUGAAGACAUUUCAGAAACUGAACCCAUCUUGCCCAAGUCUGAUAUUUCACCACAGGUCGAUGGAUCAUCAUCUUCACGUGAGAUCACUACAUUAGAACGAGACUGUGAUGAGUUACAAAGUGUGAUCAUAGAUGAAACUUGCCGUCUGGUCAACCCGGACCAGCCACAAUGCCGUAUAUGCCUUGAUUAUGAAGGUACACCUAUUAUGCCAUGUUCCUUUUUGUUUUAGAAUAUUUCUAAAGCCAGUAGAAAUGGUGGCUUUUGGACAUUUGUUCGGUUUGUGAAUCUGAUUUAUGUUCAUCAAUGCUAAAACAAUUGCUCACAAUUUCAGGUGACGACUUAAUAGCACCAUGUCAUUGCAAAGGCACUCAAAAGUAUGUUCAUAGAUCUUGUCUUGAUAAUUGGAGGUCCACUAAGGUGAAUUGUUGUUCUUAUGUUCAUUCAGGGUUUUACUCUGAUGUUUGGUUCGAUUCUUUCUGUCCUUGUUUUUGUUACCUAUCAUUGCAGUUAAAAAUUAGAAGAGUGUAGUUUUUCAGAAUGUUGAAUAUUCAAUAACUGUAGGCUUCAGCGUCUGGUUAUGAGCAACUGAAGCUUUUGAUUAAUUUCUGCUCCAUGUUUGUUUCAGGAGGGCUUUGCUUUCGCCCACUGUUCUGAGUGCCGGGCGUUAUUUGUACUGCGUGCAAACGUUCCUCCUGACCGCUGGUGGUUGAGAUUAAAAUUUCAGUUCCUUGUUGCUCGGGACCAUGCGUUCAUCUUUAUUGUUGUUCAGCUGGUAUGUUGAUGAGUUUUCUCAUCGUUCUUUAUCAGACUUGGAAUGUGAUUUCAAGUACAUUAGUUGUACUUCGUUUGCUAAUUCGCAAAGAGGAUGCUAUGAAUUGAUUAUUUGCCUGAUUGAUCAAAAUGUGAAUUCAUGAAAUGCUGAUCAUCAGAAUUGCGUUGCGAUUUGCUGAACUGAUGUUAAUGUUAUAUGGUGCUCUUUUAUGGAAUUUAAGUUAAUCUAACUUUAUUUCAGCUGACAAGGAUGUGACAGCAGUGAUAGUUUGUAAGGCUCUUAUGCUUUUAUGUUAAAGGCACAUAGAACUCGUAUUGUUUGAUUCGGAAAUUUUUUUAUGUUACUUGUAAGUGUUAUCCUUGAAAUUUCUACCUUUUAACUUGAUCGUCUUUUAUCUCAAAGUUAUUUAGUGGUAUGAACCUGUGGCAAUACCAUAAUGAUACCUGUUGACAUUGUUGGAUGUGAGUCUUAUGUGUGAUACAACGUUGCCAACUGGACUAUAAUUUCAACUAUUUGGACUGUCUGUCUUUUCGAGAGCACAUUACUUGAUAUGCAUUCCUACCAUAUUGUAGCUAAAGUUUUCAUGGGUUCAAAGAGUUACAUAAGUAUUGGGUUGUGCAGAUUGUUGCUUUUCUGGGGGUACUGGUGUACAAGUUUUAUGGGGAAGAGCUCAGAGAAAUGUUUGGAUACGAAGAGCAUCCUUAUGGAUUUUAUACGAUGGCCGGUAUGUACCGUAAAGCAAUAUCUGCUAUACAUGUGAAUUUUUCAAUGGAAGAUUGUAAGAGUGGGAAUGUCUAUUCUGGAUUAUCAUUUUUUUUUAUCUAGAUUGUCUGAAUCAUCAAAUGUGUUUGUGUUGCCCAUGAUCAGUAACUCUUGUUUUUUUUUUGGUCACCUAAUUGCAGUUUUGGCUAUUGUCCUGGUGGGCUUGCUCUAUGGUUUCUUCAUUGCCAUAAUAUGUGGUCAAAGGAUCAAUGAGCGUCAUUACCAUGUUCUUGCCAAACAGGAGCUGACAAAGGUAUGCCAUUUAACUUGUAGUGCCCUUUCGUCAUGCUCAAUAUGUUGUUGUAACCGAAUUUCUCUUUUGCCUCUUGCUGCUUGCCUCUGCAAACCUCAUUAAACAAUGAUAGUUUUGACGGUUAAAUGAAAAAUCAUCAGCAUGCUACAGCUACACUGAGAGUAAAUAGUGAACUGAAAAAGGUAGCGAGCAUUUUUAACUGAAAGGUGAACAUAGUUGUUCGCAGGUUUGGAAUACCUUUUCUGUUUUAGGUCAUUAGGUGUCUGCCCAACUGGCAGGCUAGUCCUGCCUCCUCUGAGGUCUGGGAAAGCUCUUUAAUGUUAGGUUUAAAUGACUAUGUCGUAAGUUAAAAAUUUUCAAGGAUGCAUGGGGAACAAGGCAAACCGAGUAGUGAGAUGGUUAGGUCCGUUAGAAGGCUGAUUGAACUAGCUAGAAUUGGUAACGUGGAUCUUCAUUCUGAUUGUAGCAAGGUGUUUUUGUAGUAAAAGGAGUAAUAAAUGAGUAGUGACAGGUAGGAGAUAGUUUACACUUUACUAAUUCUGCAAAAUUGCAGCCACAUGUAAUGGUUAAGAAUGCUUUCAACCUAGUUAAAGGGGGGUUGCAUUGAGCUUCAGUAAUUUUUUUUUAUAUUGCCCAUAAAAAAAAAGAGACAGAGAGACUAUGUCUGGUUUGUCAUCAACACAGUCACAACAACAGAAGGUUUCAUUUUCUGGCUUUCCUGACAUUGGAGUCGAUUAUGGUGUGGGAAUAAAGGUAGCUACUUAUAGUACCCAUGCAUGCACUAGACUUCACACAAGCAUAAAAAACAGAAUACUAUUAUUUUUUACGUCAUUUCUUUGCAUUCAGCCAAACUGGGGCUUGAAAUGGAUUUUUGUCUAUAUGGGGGGCUUACCAUGUGAUCGGCAUUAAGUUUGUUAGCUGGCUGUAGCUUAAAAGAGAUUCAGCCUUCCCAUUUUUAUCUAUCCUUAUCCUGUUUUCUUGGUAUGGCAGAGCAGUUUUGUUCUUCUCCACUUAAGUUGACUCUAGCAAUUCUAAUGUGGUACUUUUUGCAAAGUCAGGAGUAUGUGGUGGAAGACCGAGAGGCUAGCAAGAAUGUGCCUGAACUUGAUCCCAGCCACAUUACAGAACUAAGGAUGUUAGGCCUCUUCUAGUUCUAAUUUGGAGGCUCCUCUCCUCUAGGUAAGUGCUUUAUGACAUCUCACGCUGACAGUUGAUGCCUCAUUCCUCGAAACCUUUCUGCUGCCCGAACUGUUAAAAGACAGAAACAAAGAGAUCCAUUUGGUUUACGUUCUUCCUCUUUAUAGUAUGUGCCUUAGAGAUCUUUUUUGGCUCACAUUCUUCCUCUUUCUAGCCUGUUCCUUAUUAAUUACUUCGACCAUUACCAAAUUUCCAGGUUCCUCAUGAGGCUAGUGCGGAUCUGGUGAUAUAGCUUUCAAAGUCCACCAUCCUCCCUCCGAUGCCUUCCUCCUCGUCCUGCAUAUGGACAAUGCACAACAAACAGGAUCCAGGUCAGGUCCUGUUGUUGCCUACUGCAUAUGAAAUGAAACAAUACGAAACAUUCAUGUCGGCACACGCAUCUCAAUCAAAACAUGUACAGUAUACAACCGAGGCGAGUGGUUUUGUUUAUACGAACUCCCCAUCCUUUGUUUGCGCGUCCAUGACUCGUAAGUACAGUAGAGCUGGAUGGAUAUGUUUUUUGUUUGCCAAAGAACCGAUGAGAGAUGGCAUAGUUGUGUUUGAUUGCAAGGAACUUACUCAUCCAUAAGAUAUAUGAUACGAUUAGUUGUGAGAUUGAAGAUUUUUUUCCUAUUAUAAUUUGGACAUCCUUUUCUUUUUUUCAUUUUUUGUUGUACAUAAUUUUGCAAGCAGAAUUCAGGAUCAGGAGAUAGGCUGUUGAGCAUUUGUUUGUUUGUCAGAAACGGGUCAUGUGUCCAACCCAAAAGGGAAAGGGUUACAUGUUAAUUUUCUUAUCCUGUGAAUCGCCUUUAGACUACGAUUACCCUGCUUAUUGCCGCUUUGAAAUUGCCACUAGAGCUAAUCUUGUAUCAGUUCAAUUGUAAUUAUAAUGAGAACAUUGAAUACCAAUACUAUGCUGCUCCAAGUAUCUUCAACAUCAGUUCGCAACUCCUGCCAUUUGCGCCAUUGAAGAUGCUCUUAGAAGUUGAAAAGGUUGUGUUCAGUUAAAUAUGUUCUUUUUUUUAAUAGCAUUGUGUACUGAGUGAAAUAUUAAAAUGUCCAACUCAUUUAAAUAUGUUGUUAAAAUAAGUGAAUUGCUAGGAUUGACACAUGUCAAAAUGAUUAUUAGAUUGGGAAACAUGUAGAUUUAAAAUGUCGUUUGUUGACUGAUAUUUUGUGCACCAAUCACAAAUAGCAAACCAUGACAUGAAUAAUGAAUUCCACAAAAUAAAUCGUGUUGUAAGAUCAAAAUUAUUUUAAAAACCGUACAAAAUAAAUUGAUUCAUUUAAACGAUUGGAUAGAACUCUCUCAAGACAACUAGCCGCAGACACACGAGAAACGAUUUUGUGUGAUGUAUCGGAAGAUCCAUCAUCAGUUACACACGUUUGUGAAAAUUAUUAUAGAAAUCGACCGGCCAAUCAGACACAAAUAUGUAAGAAAGUCGUUCGGUUUGUAUGUGAGUUUGACUUCAUUGUAGAUUGAUUGCCUGCAUAGAGAGUGAAUUAUGACGACAACGACGAAAGCAUAAUCCUAUCUUUCGACUAACGAGUUGGGUUCAAAACUAUUACGAAGCUCAGCUAUCUUUAGCUCUACUGUGUCAUGGAUCCGUCGCUGACUUUGCAUGUGCAAGCACACACGUAACACGUUACACACGUAGCACCAGCAGUGCAAGCGCCAAAAACCGCGCCACAGCAACACCGCCAAUAUUUGCGUUUCUCGGCCAAUCCUAAAACAGUCCCACCACUUUUUCUUUAUCCAACCCACUCCUCUUCCUAUUUAAUCCCCAAAAUCACCUCGCGUCCAAUUUCCUCCUCCUUCUCCCCAGUUCCUUUCUCCACACUUCAGAGAAAAAACCAAACCCCAUCCAAUCCAUCGACGCCAAUGGCUCGCUCCUUAUCCUCUUCCCGCACUUAUCUCGCUGCUGCUGCAGCUGCAGCUUCCAGAUCUUCUUCCUCCGCAGCUUCGUCUCCUUCAUCCGCCUCGUUCCGCUGCCUCGCCCUCCGCUCCAACUCCAACCUACCCAACAACAACGCCGAGCCCGCGGCCGCCGAUGAAUCCACCGAUCCUCUCCUCAGAAAGCUCGAGGACGCCAUCCACCGCAUCAUCGUCCGCCGCGCCGCCCCCGAUUGGCUCCCUUUCCUUCCGGGGACUUCCUACUGGGUCCCUCCGCAUAGAUCUGACGCCGGCUGCUUGGGGAUUGCCCAGCUCGUCGAGAAGCUUGCGAAUCCCUUGACCGACGAGGAAUCUCGCUCCGUUACCUCCGUCCGCGGCUGGCCUUCCUCGGAUUAUUUCAUCAAAGGUGCCAGCUUCGGACAGUUGCCUGUAUAUAACACAGCAGAUGAAUUGGAGAAGGAUUCAACUUCAGAUGAAGUUAAGACCGAGGAACCGUCCAGUCAUGCCCCUGAAUCUGAGACGGAGGAAGGAUAAUUUCUAUGAUGGGAUUUCGCAUCUCGGUAAGCAAAAUAUUCUUCAUUAGAUCCAUCUCCCUCUCUCUCUCUCUCUCUCAAGCCCACACACACACACACUCCAAGAACAGAGUCACACAUACAAACAAACGCUACAAAUACAAUGGGAUGCCAUAUUCGUCUUGUCUGGGGUUUAGCUUUCUCUCUUCAGGUGUGGAUUUCAUAUUUGUGCUUAUGCAUAGAUUUAUCUCAAUCUACAUUUGAAAUGAAGUAUCUAUUAGGUCCUCUGCUCAAUCUAGAAGGAAUAAGAGCUUCAGUGUUCAUGGGUGUAUAAAAAGGCGAGUGCUUUUGUUACUCUGAGGGCGUGGUAGAUUGUAUAGAUAUGAUCUAAGCGUGUAAAGGGACAAUGUAGCACUAAUCUUAUCCUCUUAGGUGAAGCAGGGGCCGCAGGGUGACCAAGGGCUUCUCUGACUAUUUAUUGCAUGCUGCUGUUUUGACAGAGGCUCGUCCGGAUUCGGAACUUGAAUGUAAAUCAGACAAUGGAAAGAAGCGGGAAGAAGCUUUUUAAGGUAACAAGGGUGAUAAAGAAUGAAGAACCAAUUGGAGGAGGAGCUGUACAGAUGCAAACCCUGUGGAGGUUUAAAUAAUUUGAUCUUCCAGUUGGUGGCUGUGUAUUAGUUGGGAAUGAUAGCCCGCUGUUCCACUGUAUCUAGCAAGCUGAAGAAGAUCCAUCCAUUUUUAUGGUUUUUCCCCGUUAUAAUGCUGAGUCUUGAAACCUCCUGUAUCUUUGCAUGUACAUAUGUUUUCCCAAGAAGAUAAUGGUACUGUCGUUUCCCUCUUAUACUAUCAGGCUAUCAGCUUUUGCCCUCUGUUUGGCAAAAGCACCAACUCAAAAGUGUCUCAUCUCAACUCUUGAAGCUGUCAAAAUGUGCACUAUUUGAGGACUGUAACAGAUGGAUUGCGAGAGAAAGCGAAGCCAGCAAAGUGAUUUUUUAGAAUGUUUCCGCACAGAUUCAUAUAUUUAAACUGGCGAUUACAAGAAACGUCUACCCACCAAAGAAGCUGGGUACAUCAAUACUAGUACCAUACUAGACAAACAAGAUCACAUAUGUCACAGUUUGUGUUCUUGCUUGGUUGGAGAAGGGACACGAAAGAUGGCCAGAGGUUGAAGAAACUCAAUGGGACUUCUUCUGCUCACAAUUCUCAUCUAGUGACUGAUCAACUUGGGAAUCAGAUUGAUCAGUAGCAGCACCUUUGAGUAGGCCUCCAAACAACUGUGCUGGGUCAAAGUGGAUCUCCACAUCUUCUGCCCUCAUUGAUUCAUCAACCUUUCAAUAUACCACACAUUAUCAUCAAUAGUUACCCUUGAUGGAGAGUUAGCAGAACCAAUGAACAAUAUUUACCUUCAUGACGCCAAUGCCGAAGAAGUGCACCAUCUCCUCUGUGGGAGCAUGGCCUCUGAAAGGACCCUCAGAUAAGCCCCAGUGCCUGAACUUGUAGGUAAUCACAGGAGGGCCAGAGUAAACAAUGAUGACCUCCCACGCAAACCCUCGUGGGAAGGCCGAUCGAAACGCGCGUCGUGAGACGAUUCGAAGUUCUCCUCUUCGACCCUGUAGUAUCGGAACUGCUCGGGAAGAGAGUUGCUUUCGGUAUCAAAUAUGAAAAAAUGAGCAAAUUUAGU